ACACGGGCCAGUCGGAUAGCGACGGCGACACAUUUACAAAUUAACUCCACACUGUUUUUAGUAUUUGAAACACAAUCAAUAACUAAAACGAAAUUCAUUUGGAUGAAGCUUGUUCAGUUAGUAGUGAGUACAGGUGGUUAUCCCUUAUUUUAGCGCGAUUAAUUAUUUCUAGUGAAAUAAAUUUUAAAAUCUUCAUUUUUACAUUACAUGAAGGCGAAGUCACUUCAUAAUAAAUAAUUAUUUAAAAUCAGUCAAGACUGAAUCUAAAAGUUUGUUAUUGAUUAUGAUUGGCCUUGUUGGCAGAUAUUGUUAUUGUCACAAGUCUACUCUAUAUGUAUUAUAGUUGCAUUGCUCAAAGAAAAAAAGGUGUUUGUGUUUUAAUUACGUUUUUGAAGUAAUUUUUCAAUUAAAAUUGAACAUAUUUUUUGUUUUUUUUUCCAUCUGGUGCGCACAUUAUUAUACUAUGCUAUAGUCGAUAGUUAGACAGAUUAGACCAGGUUCUAAACCUUCCUAAUGCAGCGACCCUUUAAUACAAUUCUCCAUAAAAUUAUUUUCUUUGCUACUUCAUAACUGUAUAGCCGUAUAGCUCUGUUUGAAAUUAUACUUAUAUAUUAGCCUAUAUUUAUAUCGAAGUAUCAACAUGUCCGGCGACCGGACGAAUAUUCUCGAGAUACUCGUCCGGUGACCAGGUCACAUGACCGCUGUAACAAAGUUGGGCAAGAUAUUUGUCCGUCUUGGCAUGUGACCGCUAAUACUACUAAUAGUCGAUCGUAAAACUGGCGUCGGAGAUGCAUGGGCAGGGGGCGACGAGUAUACACUUCAUUUCAAAUAAGUGGGGGGGGGAGGAGGGGGGGGGGAAAAGCAAUGCAUACUACAAGGAAGGAAGAAAUACUGAGAGCGAGAGAGAAAAAAUAAAUAUGAUAGUGAGGGCAAUAAAUAGUUAAGGUGGGGAGGUAGAAAGUUCACAAAGCUUACAUUACAUACAAUAUUAAUAGCCUAAAUCUAAAAUAAAACUUUUUUGACAGUAGAUCUAUUGACAGUCAACUGGCAAAUAUUGGUCUUAUUUUUUUUUAUUCAUAUUUUAAAUUUAGGUAGAGUUUUAUAAGAUAUUUAAACCAAGACAACAAACUUUUUUUAUUUUGCCGGCGACCUCUUGUCACAUGACAUGUCUGCUGAAAUAAUAAUGCAUACUAGUCGUCCGGCGGUUACGUGACAUGCCCACCAGAAGAAUAUCUCCCACACUAUUUGUUCAGUGGCCGGACAUCUAGACACUGCCAUAUAAUAUAGGCUAUAUUAUAGCUCACAUAAUGAAAAAAUAAAAUAAAAUAAGGCCCCAAACGCAAAAUUGUAAAAUGUUUGUAUUAAUUCAGAAACCUGCUUAUUAUAUCACACACAAACUGAAAUGUCUCUAUCUGUAUUUGAUUCAAUUUCAUCCACCCAUGCAAUAGCUCUGGUUAAAAUUAUAUUUAUAUAGCUCAUAUAAGAAAAAAAUAAUUUAGGGCCCCCAUCCCAAAAAGAAGUAUUUCAAAAUGGAUAACUUGAUUCAGAAACCUUUGCGGGCAUGCGCACAACAACUUAUAAAAGUUUCACCGCAAUCGGAUGAAUGGUAUAGGAACGCAUACAGAAAUUAAACUGAGCAGACACUCGACCACAGGCCCAAAAUGGAAUAUUGUAAAAUGUUUGUAAUAAUUCAGAAAAUUUGCGGGUGCGUGUACAACAACUCACAAAAUAUUUAUCGCAAUCGGAUGAAUGGUGUAGGAACGCAUACAGAAAUUGCACUGAGCACAUAAAAAAAAAGAAGACACUCGGCCACAGGCCCAAAAUGGAAUAUUGUAAAAUGUUUGUAAUAAUUCAGAAAAUUUGCGGGUGCGUGUACAACAACUCACAAAAUUUUUAUCGCAAUCGGAUGAAUGGUGUAGGAGCGCAUACAGGACAUACAUAACAUACAUUGUCAUACAUACAUUAGUUUAUAUAUAGAGAGACAGAGAUAGUUUACCGAAUAAAUUAUACCUUUUGCUGAGCUAUUCAAGGAAGCAUUCUAUCUAUCUAUCCAUGCAUCCACCCACCUACCUACCUAUCUAUCUAUCUAAGAAAAUCUUGACACAUCUCUAUUUUGAAAAAAAAAAAUUCACUUGUGUAAAAUGAUUUUGUUUGAUGUUCAUGGGAAUAAUUAUAUAAAUGUACCUAUGUUUUUUUAACGUCAUUGAUUUUCUUAAUUGAUAAACAUAUUUCAUUUGUAAAAUGAGAAAUGAGAAUAAAGCAUUUAUUUUUCACAACUGUAAGAUAUUGUCAUCCACAUAAAUAUGUACACAUCUUAUUUCCAAUAUAUAUGUACCUAAGAAGGUUAAUUAUUUAUCAAAUUCAUUCUGAGGCGUACCUUGUGCUGCCUUGGGCAAAAUGAAAGUAUCGUAUUACUACCCUCCUCCACCCACCCCUACAGAGUUUUUAAAAAAUCAUCCGUGGGAUUGUAACCCACUUACUCAUGCAAAAAUAUUUUUCUUUGCAUUUCGUAUGCUUUGUUCUUAUUUGUAUGAGUGAUAAGUGCAUUAGUGAAGGCUAUUUGGCUAUGUUGUUUUGCUGCACUGAUUGAAUUAAACAGCAUUUUCUAAUUAAAAUUAUAGUUAAAGGUAAUUUUUUACUAUUUUAUAAAUUUCAUAAAAGUAAAAGUAUAUUUUUUUAAUUUAAAACAGUAAAAACUUAUUAAAUGUUGAAAAUACAAAGUUAAAAUUGUGUUUGUUUUAUUAACAAUUUAAAAAGCAAUCAAUUAUGUGUAUUAAUUUUACUUUUAAGAAGGGGAAAAUACAUUAUCAGUUUUGUAACAGGUGUAACAAUUAAAUCAAAGAAACUUAAGAGUUUUGCCUAAAAUAGGAGAUUCUCUCUAUGAGUCAUUUGACUAAUUGUUUAGAACAAAUUAAUUUUAAUUUUAUUUGCAAAAAAACGCACUAAAAACAACUGAUGUUUGGGGUUUCCCGAUAAAUGUGAUUACGGUGUAAUUCUUUGAUCAUAAUUUUUGUAUUUAAUUUUUUUUUCAUAACUUUCAAACACAUAAAAUGCUAAGAUACUUCCUUAUUUGUUACUUUAAAUGUAUUUGUAAAUUAUAAUAAUAAUAUUUAAACUUUGACUAAAAUUAAAGCUGAUAUGUAAUAUUUUGCGCAUUCAAAUGUUUUCGAUUUCCGUAAAAUAAUAGAAAAUAACUAUGAUAAUUUUUAAGAAUCCGAACGUAUUUACAUCUUUUCUGUUCUUUUGCGUUACAGUCAGCAUAGCUCAUUCUUAUUCUAUUCUGUCGAUGUGUGCCUAAUGUGUAGCCAUGGCCAUAGCAUAUUGUUUCACUUUUUCCGUCUCAGACCAAAAGCAAUUUUCAUACAGUUAAAGCAAGGGUCGGGAACCUUUUUGUCUGAGAGCACCAUGGACACCACAUAUUUUGAAAGGUAAUUCUGUGAGAGCCAUACAUUAUGUUUAAAACUAAAAAAUUCAAGUAAAUAUGUGCAUUUUGUGUAAUUUCAACACUAAAAGUGCAAUAAUUAUGUCUCUGAAUUCUUUUUAAUAACAUUGUUAUGCUGUUGCUAAUCAAAUAUUGAUAUGCAAUUAAUAUGUAGAUCAAAGGAGUCUAAAGAAACAUUUUUGUAUAAUCGAACAUUUGUCUGCGAGCCAGAUGCAGCCAUCAAUAGGGCCACAUCUGGCUCGCCAUAGGUUCCCGACCCCUGAGUUAAAGUAAGGUAGACAAUUAGUCAGAUUCAGAAAACAGAGGGAUCAGCUUACGACAGGGUCAUACUCAUACACGAAGUAUUAAUUAACUAAUGGUGUAACCUCAGACCUUCCCGAUUCCCACCUCUCCACAUAAAUUAUAUUUGUACCAGGAACAAGGAAAGUUUAAAUAUUUGAUAAUGAUUAUGAUAUACCUCCAUUUUUUCUUCUAUCUUUUUAUGUAUUUCCAACAUUGUAUUUUCAUUGACAAUCUUUUUUGGCUGGUUGUAAUAUAAUGACACUGAUGAUCUGCAUUACACCCUCCCCCUUUCCCUCAGUGCUUUUGGAAUAUACGGAUAGUCCCUUGAAGCCUUGUGGGCGGGGGGAAGUUUAAAAAGUUGCGAAGUUGAUUACUGACCAAAGCAGCGGACACAUACAUUAUCAUCAAGUUAUCUGAUCAAGAGUGACCGGGGAAAUAAUGCCAUGUCACUAUAUCAAAGAAUGACAGUGUAUGAGUUUCAGUGUCAAGGCAUAAGCAGCUGACAAGAGAAACCGCGCAAAACAUUGGGUCACGCAAAAGUCGCAAAAUAUGGAGUCUCGACAUAAUAGGAUUCCACCAACCUCAAAGAGUGACCGAUGUCCAAGACAACGAUGAAUAAGGGAACCAGAGGCAUGGCAUGAGCACAUGGUGCUGAUGUAACACCUUUGUUUAAGUUCGGCAAGGAGUGCAAAAGAAUUAUUUAUUGCUGACCUUGUAGCUUAAGAGCAAGGUUGUUCCCAGAGCUGGAGCAGAUCUAAGAAGGCAAAAUUUUAUUUAUUAAAAUUGUUGCCCCACUCUUCUACCUAUUAUGUUGCCGAUACAUGCAUUUCAAAUGCAGUAAGAUGGGUAACAAUAAAGACAUUUCUUUUCAAACCUAACAGCACUUCUCAAUCACCACCCUCCCUUUUUUAAUUUUUCAGAGCUCGAAGCGGAGCUGGAGUUGACAAAAAUUGCAGGACUACCAAGAUUAAUUAGAAUUCAAAUUGUUGAUCCGAUGGAGAUUUGGUUUCUGCACACACUAUGUGAAGCAAGAAAUAACACCAAUACAACAACCAGUAUGAAAUUUCUUGCAAGGCGCUCCCAUUUGAAGAACAAAAUGAAAUCCAAAAACUGCUAUGUGGCUUGUAAACUUGCUAUGUACAAUCAAGGAAUUAAUAAAAAGAUAUGGAUGUGUUCAAUUUGUGAUUUAAGGAAAAGUAUACAAGAUGGCUAAUUUUUUUACUAGGAGCCAUUUACCAUUAUCUAAAAUAGUCUUUCUCUUAUAUUGUUUUGCAAAUGGUUUUCCUCAAGAUGUUACAAAGCAUGAGUCUGAAAUACAGAAUCAAAACACAGUGAUUGACAGGUUUAAUUUUAUUCGAGAGGAUAUAAGGGUUUAUCUUAACCAGCAUGCCACGCAGAUUGGUGGCUUUUACAAUAAUGGAGAGCCAGUGCUUUUUGAGGUUGAUGAAUCCAAAACUUUUCACAGAAAAUAUCGCAGAGGAGUGUGGCAUCAAGGUUUCUGGAUUUUUGGUGGGAUAGAAGGGCCACUGGAAAAUGCUUCAUAGUGAAAGUUGGCUACAGAACAGCUGGAACCCUGGAAAACAUUAUUGUCCAACAUGUUUUGCCAGGAACACAUAAUAAAAAUGGAUGGGCAGGCUAUAGAAAUCUAGCAAUUUAUGCAUUUAGCUGUGGUGCCUGUAAGGAAUUUUGUGGAUCCCAAUGAUCCAGAUGUGACACAUAAAACAUAGAAUAUCUAUGGAUGAGCAAAAAACAUAAACUAAAAAGACAGCAUGGAACAAACGAUACAUUGUUUCCAUCAUUCAUCAUAUUUAAAGUAGUUUUAUUUCCAUUGCAAUGUCACAAAGAUUAAGGUGUUCAAAGAACUUUUGACUGUUAAAGGACAAUAUCCUGUUUAAAACAAUUUAAACAGUUCAUUUCUUUUUCUUGGACUUCCCAGAGCAUAAAAGGUAAGAUCUUUUAUUUGUUCUGUACCAUUUGGCUUUUGUGUUCCCGGUAGCUGAAAAAGACUUUGGCAGACAUCGUUGUUGUAUAUUGUAUACUAUAAUAUUCUGUCGGAUUUUUACGGUUUUCAAUAUUUCUAUGUUCCAUGAUACAUAAUACACCUUGUUAACUCAACAAGUAUUUAUUUUCACACAAUUUUGGCCUAUUUAUGAACAAUCCUCCCACUACGUCACGAAUAUAAAGAGGGCGCCCAUGUUGAAGAAAAUAGCGCACCUAUUAUAUAGAAAAUGCCACCCUCUGUUAUUUUCAAUCAGGGUGAGUGCCACCAGUGACAGGAAAAUAACUUUCAGAAAUUAAAUUACGCCUUAUUUAUGGUAAAGAAAUUUGGGAUAUAAAGUUUUUAAUCUAUUUCACUAGAAAUAAUUAAUCACUCUAAAAUAAGGUAUUACCACCAUAAAACACAAAAAAGCAUUGUUUAUUUAUUGUUCAUGACAAUUUCCUGCAGCUGAAUCAGGCUGAGUAUGUGUACCAGUAUCAACAUGGAAUUUUAAAAUUUCAAGCAAAAUUAGAAUUGUUUAUGUUUUAGUGUCUUUUAUUUUGUAAAUAAGAGUAAAUAAAUUAGUCUAAAAGUAUUAGUACCAAGUUUCGCCCAGAACCACCAUGCUUUAUAUUAUAUAGGAAUCUAUAUAUUAUCUUUUUUUUUAAAAAUAUAUCCACGUACAGAUUUACACUUUUAUAGAUAAUGAGAUAAUACAAUAAUACAAAACUAACUAAUGCUAAGUUUCAUUUAAAUGUUAUAAGUUAAUAAGAUUAAUGGCAUGUCGGCGUGAAUGGUCAUAGUGCAAAGAUGGAAAAUUUCAAAACUACUAAUGACUAACAGUCUAGUUACGGUACUAGGCAAAAAAAGGGAAUAUUCUAUAUUUUAUAAUAUAUAUGUAUUUUUUUUAAAAAAACUAUUACUACUAUUAUGCUACAAAUUAGGCAUUAGGCCUAGUAAGUUAAAUUUUGUUGCAUAAAAUUGGUUAUUAUUGGUUUUUAAAAAUGUCUUUAGGCCUAGGCCUAAGUUAUUCUAUUUUCAUUUAUAAUAUUGAUAUGAAUUAUUACAUUCAUUGUGGUUUAUAUUCAUUUUUGUGAAAUUAUAAUCAAUAUAGAGUGUAGUAGGCUGUUUCAAUUAUUUAAUAUAGUGUUAUUUACUCUUCAAAUUAUGUUUUAAAAAAACAUAUUUGUAGGUAUGGCUAACAUUUGUGGUAUAUUGUACAUGUGAGUCUGAUCACAGCACCAUAAGCACCCACUUAAAGACUGAUGGCAAAUGUUAUAAACAAGAGACUUGUGAAGAUUCAAGUGAGUUAAGUUGAGGACAAUGUUAUAUAAGUAGAUAUGCCAUUGUUUUUAUUGCUUCUACUUCUAUUCAAUCUAUUUGAAGAACAAUGAAAAGAAGAGAAGAAACCAAAUUUACAAGAUCUCUGUGACUCUUAUAAUUGUUUGUUGAAUGUUUAAGUUCAGCCUUAGGUAUUACUUAGAGUUAAAUAUACAAUAUGUUUAAACUCAUGCUUUAAAAAACUAUUUAUGGAUGGGUAGUAGUAAUUGGCCAUUUUAUUUAUUUUUUAGAUGUGGUCAUGGAGGAGCAACAAUCAACUCACAAGGGUGAAAGUAAACUGUCAACUUCUUUAGCUGUCGUCAUUUACGAUGAGACCAAAGUAUUACCACAUGAAAUGCCCACUCGCAAGUUUAUUAUUGCUGACCAUGAGUUUAUUAUAAAUCAAAAUUGGCAGGGUCUUGGAGUUGCAGCAGUCGUUUGGGAUUCAGUAAGUAGCCUCAAGAGAUUUGUCCCAGCAGGACCUGUCAUAGAAACCAUCUGUUCUUGCCUGUGUAACUCUUUAAAAGUUUGUUCAAGCAAAUUUAUAUACAUAUAUAUAUUUGUAUCCGGAAAUUUGAUCUAAAGAAAUUUCGUAGACGGUAAAUUGAUAGACAGUAGUUUGAUAGAAUGGAAAUUUGGUCGAAUCUUUUUUUCAGUUUUUACAUUAAAAUUUUCCUUCAAAUUUCUUUUUGAACGCAUUAUUUUGUUUCACUACAAAGUUUAGUGCGUUCAAAAAGAAAUUCAACAAAAAUGUUAACGCGUGAACUGAGAAAAAGAUUCAACCAAAUUUCUAUUCGACCAAAUUUCCGUCGACCUAUUUACCGUCUACGAAAUUUCUUUCGAUCAAAUUUCCGGUUACCAUAUAUGUUGUCUCAGAUUUGAAUGAUCACUAGUUUAUUAUUUUAGAAAAUACAUUAGGUAGCAUAUUUUUAAAAAAUCAAUUAUCCUAAUUUGUUUAAAUCCUUAAAAAGUUAACAACUUUUAACUUCAAUUUGACCCAAAUAUAACCAAGUUUAAAACACUGGUACUACCUCUCUGCUUUCAGGAGUGCUAUAAAUAAUAAAAUAUCUCCAUUAAUCAACUUUUCCAUCAUUUACCUAUAAUAGUUACUAUCCUAAUGUCUCAUUUUUAUUUUAGUUAGUUUACAUUUUUUUAAUAAUUGUAAAGCGCUUAGAGCUUUAAGGGAAGCGCUAUAUAAAAAUGCCUAAAUAAAUAAAUAAAUAGACAUUAGUUGAUUUGCUAUACUCCUUCUAACUUAAGCUAGAUGGGUGGUUAAUAUAUUAUUUAUCAUUAUUAUAUUGUCAAUUAUUAUUAUUUAAAAUUAUUUUGAUUUACAAUUCAUUCAAAAUGUAGGCUUAUGAUUCUAUUACAACAGCUCAAAUAAAUAUUAUUUCUUAGGCUGUGGUGCUGGCGGAAUAUCUUGACAAACACAGGAACUUGGUAGAGCACAAGAGAGUGUUAGAGCUAGGAGCAGGGUCUGGCCUUACGGGCUUAGUGGCAGCUGCUUUAGGUAAUAAACAGGAGAUUUUGGGAAAAGGUGGGGUGGGGGAUAUGUAAUGAUACCUUGGUGAGCAUUAGACAACACCCCACACACACCAUCCCACAACAUAAGUUAUUUUUCUAAAAAGUUAAAUAUGAACUGUUUGGCACUAAUAAUAGAUUUUCAUUUUUAACAUUGUAUUUAUUCCUAACUCAUAUUUUAUAAAGAUACAUUGUGGGCGACCCAGUUUGGGACUUAAAGCUUGAAUGAUGUGAAAACAGGCUAAAUCAUACUCAUUAAUUUAUCCUAGUUACAUGUGACUCAUCUCCUGAAGUGGUACGAGCUGUCUUGUAAUUAACUUCCAGGUGCUGAGGUCAUUUUAACAGAGAGAGCCUCAGCUUUGGACCACCUCACAGCAGCCAUUGACGCCAACUCUUUGAACAAAUCUUGGAAGAUAUCCGCUAGAGUAUUGGAUUGGACAGAAGAUGUGGAUCCCCGUGGCUUUGACGAACUUGAUCUUAUAUUAGGGGCGGAUAUUAUAUACAUUGAAGAGACAUUUCAGGAUUUGCUGCGAACUCUUAAGUCACUGACGCCAAGCAAUAAAAUUUUGACUCUGCUUUCAUGUAAGAUUCGAUAUGACAGAGACCUCAGGUUUCUUAAAAUGUUGGAGAAGGAAUUUGAUGUGAAUGAAAUACAUGAAGACAGUGAUAAACAAAUCAAGGUAAUAGCCAUAAGAAGGAAGUUAUGAAAUAUUUAACAACAUCUUUAACUACCCCACACUUCAGGCCAUACUCCUCAACUAUCCACCACAAUUGCAAGACUAUUGCAACACCCUUUAGACAGACACAAUGAGGAUGACCUGCAAGUCUGUCACCAUGGCCUAGCUGUGAAAGGUGCAUCCCCACGUGGCUACUGGAUCAGAGACAAGGAUGAUGAUAAAAUGUUAAAUAGAUCUUUACAUGUGGACUUAUGUACUCAUUCACCUGUUAAACCUUUUCUCCACCCCCCUCCUCGUUAUGACCAAUCGCAGUGGACUUACAACAUUACAGCUAGUUGUUAAUUUUUAUAAUUUAAUUCUGUUUUUACUGUUAUUUGUUCACUGAAGAAGGCUUUUUUGUCUCAUUGUUUUAUUUUUUUCAGGUUUCCCAUACUUUGUUUCACUCAUUUCCAUUUUUCUAACCUGACUUCAGUCUCCCCUCACCCCCAUUCAUCAUCAUGUCCCUUAGUCCUUGAACCGUUGGGGCGCUACAGAUGACAUGUGAACUAUCCUCCUCCAUACGUCUCUGCAGCAUCGCCCAGUGUUAGUCCUGUCCACGCUUUGAUGUUAUCCUCCCAUCUUUUUCGUUGUCUUCCUCUUCUUCUCCCUCCUCUUGUGGUGCCCUGCAAUAUUUCUUUGGCAAGCCCUUGUUUCCUUGUUACGUGGCCGUACCAUUGUAGUUGCGUUUUUUCAGUCACCAGUAGGUCAUCGUACUCCCCAAUAGCCUGGCGAACCCUUUCUUUCACUGUAUCAUUGGAGAUAUGGUCCCUAUAGCAGAUGCCAAAAAUGCUUCUGGAGCAUCUCAUCUCCAUUGCCUUUAUUUUCCUCUCAAGAUCGGCUGUUAAAGUCCAGUGCUGAAGUGAAUUUUGUUAUUUUUCUAAAGACCAAAACUUAUUAUCAUUUUCAUUGUAAUAUUGUGUUUAUUUUUUAAAUUCUAGAAGUUGGUGUUGUUUUCAAUCAUUUAUUACAAAUAAGUGAACAUUCUAUUGAUGCCCUUUUUAGGUAACAUUCUGAUUAAUGGAAGAUAACUCAUGUUGAAAUAAAAACUUUUGUUAUUGUUCCUUCC